GGGCCCGGCAUGCAGUAUCUGCCCCUUUCUUUCUCUCUUUCUCUCUCUCUCUUGACUUCUCAGAAAGCGUAUUUUCUGCUUAGAGCCUGGGAUCUGAAGGUGAGAGACGCAGGGCUGCCAGCUAUUUCUCUUCUCUACCCCACUAACAGAGUGGUGGCAGCAGCAAAAGUGCUUAUUCAGAGGAAGGGGAUGCUCUAGAAGAACAAAGGCAAAGACAAGCAGUGGCUCUGGCAUCCUCUAGUCCUGCCCCAAAGGGCUUGAAGCAAUGAAGGGACCACUGAUAACAUGUGCCCUUCUGCUCACCUGCCUCCUCUUCCAGGGUCGUUGCAAUGAGCAUGAUGUGGAAGAGAUGCCUGAAGCACCAACACAACCACCACCCCAGCAUCACAAUUCCAGAGUUGAGAAUGAAUAUCGGAAAUACAGCAAGCAGUCAAGAGGGUCCGAGUGUGUACGUUGCUGUGAUCCUCCUGAGGGCUUUGCGGCAUACCCAAUGUACCAGCCUUUGCCUCAAAUCAACAUUACCAUCCUGAAAGGUGAGAAAGGGGACCAUGGUGAGCGUGGCCCCCAAGGGAAGGUGGGCAAAGCUGGUUCUGCAGGAAGAAAGGGCCCAGCAGGCUUCAAGGGACAAAAAGGCAACAUGGGAACCCCGGGGGAGCGGCCCAAAACCAACUAUGCUGCCUUUUCGGUGGGACGGAAGAAACCUCUGCACAGCAAUGACUACUACCAGACACUUAUCUUCGACACAGAGUAUGUGAACCUCUAUGGGCAUUUCAACAUGUUCACAGGCAAGUUCUAUUGCUACGUGCCAGGCGUGUACUUCUUCAGUCUCAAUGUGCACACCUGGAACCAGAAGGAGACCUACCUCCACAUCAUGCACAAUGGGGCUGAGGCAGCCAUAUUGUAUGCACAGGCCAGUGACCGAAGCAUCAUGCAGAGCCAGAGCCUCAUGCUGGAGUUACAAGACCAGGACGAGAUCUGGGUGCGACUGUUCAAGGGAAGUGGCCAUGUCCUGCAGGCAUCCAGAAUCAGCAUCAUUUGAAGAUGCAGGUGGUGUGUGUGCACACACGAUGUGCUCAUGAAAUCUGCCUUUGGACUGAACAUACAGAAGCAAUUAGAGUCCCCAGCCAGGCUCUUGGCAAACCUUUCCUUCUAUUCUGCACCUCCCCGCUCCAUGUGCAGGAACUGAAGUCAUUUGGCUCAGAGGACAGAGUACAAGUUUUUCUCUAUAUAUCUUUGCACAAAUAUCACUUCCCUCUAAACACUGACCCACACUUACUGAAAGAUUUGUUCCCUUCUGUGAGAAGGGUGCUGGUUUACUCAUGAACAAAGAAGAUCCUAGUGGCUUGCAAGAAAAAAAAUGAAUCCUGCUUUCAAAAUAAGAAAUAAAUUACAAUUUAUUGUAUUUUUUUGUUUUCCAAUCAAGGAUGAAGCAUCCAGAACUUUGUCAGAGGUACACAGCUUUGUAAUGUGGUUGGUCUGCUUUAAUGUACUCACCCCUCUGCCCUGCUACUCAAUUGCACACUCCCCAACAAUCCACACAUGAAAACUAGGAUGUGAGCAUGAGGUCAUGAUGCCAAAUGUUACUACGGGGAAGGAGAACACAAGCUAGGGAAGGAUACAGAAGUUUGCUUUUGCCUGAAUCUGAUGAGAAGGGAAAGAUUUCAUCCCUUCUCUUCUCUCCCUCCAUGGAGUUGAGUAUAAACUACUCUAGCACUUUGAAUUCUGUUUGCAGCUAAAUACAAGAGAAGUGGAAGGAAGUGUCAGAAACAGGGGCAUUUUAAAAGUAGUAUAAAAGUGGAACUGGGACUGUUCCUAAGAAACUGAAACAGGUGGAGUGUAGGAAAGAACGGGGAAAUCUAUGGCACCUCAGAAUAUUCCUCGCCUAAGAAAACCCUGUCAAAUGUGUGAAGUCAACAUAAUUAGACAAAUGACUUAAAAGUACAAACACAGUAAGACCCCUAUAACCUUGCAACCUUUAUUCCACAGUUUCACUUACCUGCACCAAGAGUUCAAUGGUCUUUCUUGGAAUUUGCUAGGUCCUUCAGACAAUUGUAUGGCAUACAUCUCUAUGAAUGUCUAGAUCAGUGGUUCUCAAACUUUUUCACCCACAGAGACCAUUUUGAAGCAAAAGUUUCUUGUGGACACCCAAUAAAUGUUUAUAUGUUAUAUUAUAUAUUAUAUAAUCUGUUAUGUAUAUAUCAGGCAUGGAUAUAUUUGUGAAACAUUGUGUUUUCAAAUGGGCCAGUGGUGGAUGGAGAGCGUGUGAACUAAUUGAAAAGAAAGAACAAUACAAUAUUUAAAAUGAAGAGCAAUUUUAACCAACAUAAACGUAACAUUUCAGUUAAGUUUCAGUGGAAGACCCCAAAGGCCAUCCAGUCCAACCCCUUCUGACAUGAAGGGAAAACACAGUUAAAGCACCUCCUGAGCAGUGGGAGGGAAAUAGGGUUUUGGAAGUAAGGAAGACAAGGGAGAAAGGAUCUGGGUAGUGAGAAAAGUGAGGAAAUAAGGCUUUUGGUGGUAAGGGAGCUGAGGGACAAGACUUUUGGCAGUGAGGGAGGAGGGGAAGGAGCAGGAAAGAGGAAGGAAAGUUUGGAGGGGAGGAGGAAGAAAGAAGAGGAGGAGGAGGGAAGCAUGGAGCUCCUCAGUAUGCUUCGCAGAGCACCAAGGAGUCAGCGGAGUACACUUUAAGAACCGCUGGUCUAGAUCCUUCAACACAAUCCUUCUAUGCUGUGCCGGGAGAAAAGGUAAGUUAACGGAUGGCAUUUGGUUGCAUCUACAUUUUCAGAUAACCAUGUUCCAAUUAGGAAUGUAUAGGUGACUUGUGCUGAACACAUGCCAAUUAUGGUACUAUGGUCUAGAAAGGGGCAUGAGAAUGCUAAAUGCCCUUCCUGAUACUAUAAGGUCCAGGUUGCCAUAGGAUGCGGAAUCAUAGUUCUCUAAUUACAUAGUGUGAAAGGGCCCUUGCUCUGUGUCAGUCCUGGCUACGUCGACGGUAUAGUCCUAGGAAAAGGCUGGUGUUUGUGGCUGGAGAAAGGUGAGGGACAAAUAGAGAAGCGAGGAUUUGGUCUCUAAAGUGAUGUUGCUAAUACAGUAACUGGCAAAAGAGGUAAUGUGAAGGAGAAAAGGAUGAAGUCACCAUCCUGAAGCCAAAGGAAACAUUUUGGGUGGCAGCCGUUCAUGCACAGCUCCUGGAAUCCAGCUUGCUGAGCUCUGUGUCCAGAGUUAAUAAGGCACAGAGUUUCUUAGAGUGUCUUACUUCUGAUGGGUAGUUUCAUUUUCUCAAAGGAAAGGCCCCAGACAUAAACCUCUUCUAGACAGCCUUGGAAUGGCCCUUUCACCAAAAUUAAGGGGGGAAUGCAACAUCACUAUCUUUGUUGUUCACUAUCUUUGAAUUGUGUUGGAGGAGAAUUCUGAAAGUGCAUUGGAUGGCAGGAAGAUCCAACCAGUCCAUACUCCAGGAAAUAAAGCCCGACUGCUUGCUGGAGGGAAGGAUAUUAGAGGCAAAGAUUAAGUACUUCGGCCACAUAAUGAGAAGACAGGAAAGCUUGGAGAAGACAAUGAUGCUGGGAAAAAUGGAAGGAAAAAGAAAGAGGGGCCAACCAAGGGCAAGAUGGAUGGAUGGUAUCCUGGAAGUGAUUGGCUUGACCUUGAAGGAGCUGGGGGUGGCCACGGCUGACAGGAUGCUCUGGCUUGGGCUGGUCUAUGAGGUCAUAAAGAGUCAGAAACAACUGAACGAAUAAACAACAAACAUCUUCAGUGUUCACAUACCUGCUUUAGUUCCAUUUUGUUUCUGCUGGGCUUUUUACUUACCAGUGAAAAUUUCUUAAGGAACGCCAAUGACUAACAGCCCAAUAUUAUUGUUUUUAGAAUCGCUUUAACAUAUGGAGAUCACCACUCUGAAUGGUCUACAUGGAGUGUUUCGGUAAUCUGCUCUCUUUGCUGGUACUUCUACAUGGGGGAGCUAUGCUGGAGAAUGAAUGCAGUUUGACACCACUUUAGCCGCCAUGGCAUAAUGCUAUAGAAUCCUGGGAGUUGUAGUUUUGUGAGGCACCAGCAAUCUUUGGCAAAAUGCCUAAAGACCUUGUAAAACUACAGCAAUGAUUCCAGAGCAUUGACCCAUGGCAGCUAAAAUGGUGUCAACCUACAUUAAUUAUACAAUGUAGUAAUACUCCAUGUGUGCUCUCCUAGCUCUUUCUUAUGUGAAGCACAGUCACAAUGUAGAAGUCUCUCAAGUUGCUGGGUGGGCAAAGCUUCUGUGGACCUCAGGUGACAUUCCCUUCUAGCAUUGGCUCAUAGCUUCAGAAAAUGAGCUACUCCAAAGUGGCUAUCUGCUUACACGAGGUUUGUAUUACUUUGUAUACCCCAAGUAUACAAAGUAAUACAAGGAAAAAUUGCAAGCAAAGAUUGCUCAUAUCUGCCAGGUGGUUACUGGUUGAGAACUCACAGAAAAACAUGCCAUCCAUGCAUCUGUAUAUGGUAUGCCACAGAUAUGUAUAUUGUCUUCACAUGUGACAGCAUACCUGGAUUUGUUUGUAUUAUUAGGGAAUGUUCAGGGAAAAUUCAACGCAAGAACCAGCAUGUAUUUCACAAGCAACAUUUGUGUAAUCAUUUCCUAUCAUUAAAAUUUCUGUGCUCCCUUCAGAAA